AUGAACAGCGAAUAUGACUACUUGUUCAAGCUUUUGCUGAUCGGAGACUCGGGGGUCGGUAAAUCGUGCUUGUUGUUGAGAUUUUCCGAUGACACGUACACCAACGAUUAUAUCUCUACUAUUGGUGUCGACUUCAAAAUCAAGACUGUAGAAUUGGAUGGCAAAACUGUAAAGUUACAAAUUUGGGAUACGGCGGGCCAGGAGCGGUUCAGAACGAUCACUUCGUCUUACUACAGAGGCGCACACGGCAUCAUUAUUGUUUACGACGUGACAGACCAAGAUUCGUUCAAUGACGUGAAAAUGUGGUUGCAAGAAAUAGACCGGUACGCUACCGCUGGGGUGUUGAAAUUGAUGGUAGGUAACAAGAGUGACUUACAGGACAAGAGAGUGGUGGAAUACGACGUGGCCAAGGAAUUUGCAGACUCGCUACAGAUCCCAUUCUUGGAAACAUCGGCGUUGGAUUCUUCUAACGUGGAGGAGGCCUUUUUGACCAUGGCGAAGCAGAUCAAAGACAGCAUGGCACAGCAGCACAAGGAUUCGACCAAGAAGGACGACAAGGCCGGCGUCAACUUGAAGGGCCAAAGCCUGUCGAGCACGUCUAGUGGCUGCUGUUAA